AAUCAGUGAUUACUCCAAAUAUAGAAGCCCACUCCUACUGUGCGGGUGGGGCUCUGCAUAAAUAGCUCCAGUACAAGUAUUGCUAAACGCACUGUUACUACAGCUCUCACACAGUUCACAGCACCUGAAAAAUAAAGAUGUCUCUGGUUCCACUGAUGUUCCGAGACUGGUGGGAUGAAUUUGACCGAGAUAGGCCAUCACGACUCCUAGAUCAACAUUUUGGACUGGGCCUUCGCCGAGACGAUUUGUGGAACAGCUUUGCUCCAUCUGUGCUGCGCCCUGCUGGAGGCUACUUCCGUCCCUGGCGUGCCCCUCUCGCCCGCUCCAACAGUGGUACCUCUAGUCUCGUUGCUGAAGGAGACAAAGUCCAGGUGAUUCUUGAUGUCCAACAGUUCGCUCCCAAUGAGAUAACAGUAAAGACAAUCGAGAACACAGUGGUAGUUGAGGGUAAACAUGAAGAGAAGCAAGAUGAGCAUGGCUUUAUCUCCAGGCACUUCAUCAGGCGAUAUAUGCUGCCUCGAGAUGUUGAAGUCAACAACAUCACCUCAUCUCUCUCCUCAGAUGGGGUUUUGACAAUCACUGCUCCAAAGAAGGUUAAGCAGAUCGAGAGUGGAGAGAGAUCAGUGCCAAUCAUCCAAACAGGGGUGCCAGCUGUCAAGCAGACACCAGGACAAGAGACCAGUAUUAAGAUUGAACAACAGUAAAGCCAACAUAUUUUUCAUUUCCUAACUAAUUUUUUAAGCUGUUAAAUUAAACUCUUUUUAUUACUA